AUGGAAGUCAACCCCUCCUUCGCCUUGAAUGGCUCUUCCACCACGAUUCCGGAGUCCAUCGAAUCUUCAAAGUCAAAGGAAGGCCGUAAGGAAGUCCUCUUCAAGGCCAUUCAAAACCGUCUACAGCACCAAUACCCUACCCGCUACCUCUGGGACUUCUAUCACGACAGGCAUUCUACCGCCUCCGAUUACUCGAAGCGUCUCACCCAGUACAACGAGACCCCCAUUGACAACUGGAUGACGUUCAUGCAGUACUACAAUAACUUUCCUUUCAACAAUCUUCACAUGAAAGAUGCGGUCCAUUUCUUUAAACACACUGUUUCUCCCACUUGGGAGGAUGCUCGCAACCAAGAUGGCGGGGCCUGGUACUUCAAGGUGCCAGAUGAGGUGUCGCCCGCAAAGGAAGAGGGAUUACCAUACGCACUGCAAUUUUUCCAGCAAGUACUGCUCGCUGCCGUGGGAGAGGAUUUUGCAGACGUGAUCCAGCCGAGAGAUGACCUGUGCGGCAUCUCGUUCACGAAGAGGUGGAAGGCGAGCAUGAUCAUGAUUUGGACGAGGAAGGGGUCGGAGGAGAAGACCAUCCGAGGGAUAAGAGAAGUAAUAGAAUCCCAAGCACCAGACAACAUCCGCGAGCUGCUGAAGAAUGAGAGGUUCUGCUAUUACAAGAAACAUAGAGAGCACGAUGACUUCGAUGAAGAGCUUGCUAAGCAGUCCCUCGAUGCGUACAACAAGAAGAAGAUGCGAGGGGAAAUCACUUCGCCGGAUGAUGAACAACCCGAGCAGAGCACCGAUAGGGCUUUCUAA